UAGCGUCUCUUCUUCGACGCUAGUGAAGAUAAUUUAAAACAACACUCGCCCUAUGUCUAGGGCAAAAUCGAAAGAACAGCUCAAGCUCAAUGGAGGAUCAAUCUCCAUGAGGAGAUAGUCUCCAUUUAGCACCGCAACGAGCUGCACUUCAGAUUUACGUCCGAAAUCUGCUCAAGAGAACGACUCGCCGUACGUCUACGGUAAUAUUCUUCCUCCGAAUUUCAGAUUUACUUCCUCCUCCACGUUUUUUUCCCUCAAAUUCGUCCUGUUAAUUGCUUGUUAAUCGGUAUUUCUGUUGUCAAUUACUUCGUAUUAGGUAAAAGUAUCUACGAAAGCUACUUUGAUUAAUUACUUUAGGAUAGAGCAUAAUUAUUAGGGUCUGGUCGGCUAAUUUUUGUGAAUGAUACCUAUCUGCGAGAUAAGAGCACAUUUUGGUGUUAUAAGGUUGUCAGGGGUGGCAUACAAGAAAAACAAAUUCAUUUUGAUUUAUAUUCCAGUCGAAUGUUGUUGUCGUUGAUGGAAGAAGUUUCUGCUGGAAAACAUGGAGUAGUUACAACUACUCUAGUAUUAGCUAAUACUAGUCACUAAGAUAUUUUGUCUUUCAAAUAUUGUUCACAGGUGGCGGGGUUAUAGUGACUCUAUGCGUUGCUCACUAAUUAUGAUUAACAGUCACUAUAUCCGAUUUGAACUAUGGUAGUAAACUAGUAAUUGUUGUAGUGACUAGUGACUGAUAUUGCAAAUCAGUAACUCAUAAUGUUAAACACAGUGACUGAAAUAGUACUAUUGUUGGUCUGGUAUUAGAGUACUUUUGUGGAAAACGUCUAAAGAAUCAUAUUUUUGACCUUUUCAUAAUUGAAAAACAAAACACCGUAAAUGAGUUUCACUUUAAUUCUGUACCAUAUACUCUGUAUAUGUACUGCAAAAAGUGAGUAUAUAAGAAGGAAGAUUCGUAGUAUAAAAAUGUGUUAUGUUGCUUAAAUGUUUAUGGGAAUUGAAUCAAUUUCAAUGAUAAACUCCAACCUCAUGUAGUCAAAUUAGGCAUAACUAAAAAAAUGUAAACUGAGUGCAUUCUUAGCUGAAGUAUUCUUACUCAUUUAAGUUAUAAGCAGAAUUAUGGUGUUUUUCUUGGUUUGUUGAGGAUAUGUGAGUUAUAAUUCGUAUAUCAUAGCAACAAUCCUACAUAUGCCAAAAGCAGAUAGCCUUUUUGUUUAACUACAUAAACCUUAGUGUUCUUGUUUCUUUUUUGUACUUUUUGUUGAAUUUCAUUUUUCAAUUGUUUAUCACAUACAGAGUAUUUAAAUGUGUGUGAAAUUGAGUAUGCUCAUAUUGAAACACCUGUCAAUAUGUACUAAUUAUGUAUGUUGUUUCUUUCUGGGAAUUAAAGAAUAUAAUAAUUACUAAUUUGAUAUUUAUCCAAUAAAAUGUAUACCUUUAUUGUUGUAUAUAACAUGCUCCUUUUUAAUUAAACUCGUUUAUUAGUCUUUAUAUGAAUGAUUGGUAGAGCCUUCAAGUUGAUCACUUUGUUUAGAGGAUGCUGAUAGAUAAGAGUUGGAUAUUUAUAAAGAAUCGGUUAUCAGAAGAGUUUUGGAAUGGAUUACAAGGUUUUAUAGACUAUGCAAAAGACUUUGUGAAUGAAGAAGGAAAGAUAAGUUGUCCCUGUAAACAUUGUGUAAAUGGGCAAAUGUGCCCAUUGAGAGAUGUUAAAAGGCACAUCUUUGAAUGUGACUUUGAUGUGACAUAUGCACAUUGGGUUUUUCAUGGUGAGGCGCCUGAGUUACCAUCAUAUCAAAAUCCGAUUGCAGACAAUGAGUUAGAUGAUGAAAUGGCUGCUGUACUGAAUGACAUUGCUGCGGAAACUAACGACCAUGGCAUUGGUGGUGAGACCACAAACAAUACCACUGAUGAAGGGUAUAGUCAGUACAAGGAUCUAUUAUCAGAGCUCCACACAGAGUUGUAUCCAGGGUGCACCAACAUUUCAUCACUAAAUUUUUUAGUGAAACUUAUGCAUUUGAAAGUACUUUAUAAGUGGCCAAAUGAGUGUAUGGAUUUAGUGCUAAAGCUACUAAAAGACGCACUGCCUGAUGGUAGUAAUUUACCAACUUCUCAUUACGAGUCAAAGAAAAAGUUGAGCAAAUUAGGAUUAGGGUAUCAAAAUAUUCAUGCAUGUAAGUAUGAUUGUGUUUUAUUCUGGAAGAGUAAUGCAGAUCUACAGACAUGUCCAAUUUGCAACACAAGUCGGUGGAAAAAUGAAAGGGGGGAAAAUGUGCCAUGGAAGGUUCUCCGUUAUUUUCCACUAAAGGAUCGAUUGAGACGGUUGUUUGUUUCACGUCACACCUCCAAGGAAAUGACAUGGCAUCAAAUGGGGAAAUCAACCGAUCCAGAUGUGAUGCAUCAUCCAGUUGAUGGUAAAGAGUGGAAAGAGUUCGAUGAGAACUACCCUAACUUUGCUAGUGAACCCAGAAAUGUGCGGUUGGGGUUAUCUACAGAUGGAUUCAAUCCAUUUGGAAACAUGAGCUUAUCAUACAGUAUGUGGCCAGUUGUUGUGAUUGUAUACAAUAUACCCCCAUGGUUGUGUACUAAGGAUCCUUAUAAGUUGUUGACUUUAUUGAUUCCAGGACCAUCUUCUCCUGGAAAGGAUAUUGAUGUGUUCUUAAGGCCUUUGAUUGAUGAGUUAAAAGAAUUGUGGUCUGAAGGGAUUGUGGUGCAUGAUGGAGCUACAAACACUAGGUUUCAAAUGUGGGCUGCUCUACUCAUGACUAUCAAUGACUUUCCUGCUCGUAGUAGUUUGUCCGGUUGGAGUGGACAAGGAUAUUAUGCGUGCCCUACAUGCAAUGUUGAUACUCCUUCCAUGCGUAUCACAAGUAAAACAUGUUAUGUUGGGCAUCGAUCAUGGCUACCAAUUGACCAUGUAUUGAGGAAGAAUAAAAAGUUCAAUGGGCGCAUUGAGAAAAGCACUCCUCCAAAACGCAAAUCCACUCAGGAUAUAUUGGAGCAGUUACGAAAUGUUCCUCCUAGGGUUCCCAGAAAGCAUGAAGAUUAUGGUGGAAAGAAGCGUAAACGUAAACGAAGACAACAUGAGUUGAAUUAGACCAAGAAAAGCAUCUUCUGGGAAUUGCCUUAUUGGUCUUCUUUGUCAUUGCGUCAUAACUUAGAUGUUAUGCAUAUAGAGAAAAAUGUUUGUGAAAACUUAUUAGGUACAAUCUUGAACAUUGAUCGAAAGAGCAAGGACACGGAUAAGGCAAGACUUGAUUUGGAGAAUUUGGGAGUUCGAGAAGAGUUACACUUGUUUAAAGAUGGUGACCAGUUAAUGAAACCACAUGCAGCAUACACGUUGAGCCCCAACGAUUGUACAAAAUUCUGUGAUUUCUUAAAACAUGUGCGGUUUCCGGAUGGCUUUGCUUCAAGCUUGGGGAAGAAUGUGAUAGGUGGAAAUAAUAAGAUUUCAGGUCUUAAAUCACACGAUUGUCAUGUUAUUAUGCAGCGGUUAUUGCCUAUUGGUAUUCGACCAUUCAUGAAGAAAGAGAUAGUUGACGCUACACACACGAGACUGUUGCGAGCCAUUCCACGAUAGGUGGGACGAUGUUCCGGCUUGUCAAAAAGCAAUGAUCCGCCAGCGGAUGCUGGAUUGGUUUGAGUUUGAGAAUGAGCGUGAAUUUGAUGAAGUGCUGAAUCGUGAUGCUCGAGAGUCUUACAAUGAUUGGAAAAGUGAUUUAUCUGUGUAUUUUAAAAACAAUGGAGGUAUGCAAGCUAAGAAACCAGUAAAUGUACGAAGUGAUGACCAUUGGCAGAGGUGUUGUGAGAGAUUCAAUUCAACAAAGUUCAAGGAGAUCUCUGGAAAAAAUAUACAAAAUAGAGAAGCAAGUGAUGAUAAAAGUGGGCAUGGAAGAAAAUCAUAUGCCCAAUACAUGCACGAAAAAGAUAAUCCGAUAACUGGUGAGCAAUCUUCGGCUCUUGAGAAUUGGAAGGAUCAACGCUUGACUCGUAGUGGUGAAUGGAGGACUAAAGAAGCACAUGAAAAAUAUGACUGAAUGAGCGAGGAGUAUCAGACACAACUAGAACAAGCAGGGUCAUCUUCAUCAAUAAAUGAAAUUGAGAUCAUGAACCGAAACUUGAAGAAUCAUCGAGGACGACAAAGUGGAGUAGGCCCUACACUGUCAAAGAGUGCAUCGCGUCGCUUGGAAGAUGGUGCUACUUCUACAUUGCAAGAUCACCGUGAUGCUCAGAUAAGUGAAUUGCGGGCAAAUCAGGAAUUGAUACUCAGUGCUCUACGACAUUUUAUUCCCGGCUUUCAGUUGCCUUCACGUGCCUCCGGAAGCGAUGCUCCUUCGAUGUCCAGUGCAAAUAGACCUGAUGAGAGCCAAAAUGAUGAUGAUUAGAAUUAGUGAAAGCAUGUUUAAUAUGCGUUCUAAUUUGUUAAGGUGGAUGAAUUUAUAUUUGCUUGAAUUAUGACUUUGUUUGACAUGAAUUACUUUAAUUUUGACGUUAAUUUAAUAUUAUUAGACAUUCAAUGAAAUGAUAUGUUGGGAAUUAUCUUA